AUAUCAAACGUAACCCAGAUAGUCUAUAUUUGUGUUUUGCUUGUUUUGGUGUUUCUUGUCCAAAUUCAGGAUUUAUUUUGCCUAGUUAAUUGUUCUCUAUAUUUAAACUUUUUUAAAAAAAAAUUUCAGCUUGCAAUCACGGAUUUCCCUAAUCAAGAAUCGGAAGGCCCUUCCCAGAGAAAGUCGGGAAGGGGCAAAAUCGAAAUCAAGCGAAUCGAAAACACUACGAAUCGCCAAGUGACCUUCUGCAAGCGUCGUAAUGGUCUGCUCAAGAAAGCUUAUGAAUUAUCUGUCCUUUGUGAUGCUGAAGUUGCUCUCAUUGUAUUUUCAAGCCGUGGCCGCCUCUACGAGUAUUCUAAUAAUAGUGUCAGAUCAACAAUUGACAGGUACAAGAAAGCAUGUUCAGAUUCCACAAAUCCAGCAUCUGCUUCUGAAGCCAACACUCAGUUCUACCAACAAGAAGCCUCCAAACUACGCAGGCAAAUUCGGGAGACUCAAAAUUCAAACAGGCACAUUUUGGGGGAGGCACUCAGCACCUUGCCAUUUAAGGACCUCAAGAAUUUAGAAGGCCGAUUGGAGAAAGGAAUCAGUAGAAUUAGGUCUAAAAAGAAUGAAAUGCUAUUUGCUGAAAUUGAGUACAUGCAGAAAAGGGAGAUUGAGCUGCAAAAUGACAAUAUGUACCUGCGCGCAAAGAUAGCUGAAAAUGAGAGAGCACAGCAGCAGCAGCAGCAGCACCAACAACAGCAAACAAACUUGAUGGCAGGUUCUGUGUAUGAAUCUGUUCCUCCACAGCAAUAUGAUCGAAACUUCCUCCCUGUAAACCUCCUGGAACCUAAUCAUCACUACUCUCGCUCGGACCUCACUGCUCUUCAACUUGUGUGAUUUGUGAUAGGAUGAUCAUUGCUGAUCUGCUGGCUGCCUGCUUGUCUUCCUAAUUUACUUAUGUUAGGUUCAAUAUCCAAAGUCUAUGAAUAUUAUUUGGUGAAAAACAGUACGCUCAGGUUCACCAGAGUGAGGGUCUUUUCACAAUUUAAACUAGACUUAUUAACAGAGUUUAAACUCUAGUUCUCAAAAAGAAGUCUUUGUAUUGGUUCUCCGCAAAAUACAAUGAUAAACAUAUAAUUAAUUUCUAAGCCA